UGACACAUGUUGCAAUUUGGGAUUUAUUCGAAGAAGUUUGUUGCUAUUGGAACUAUUCCUCGAGGAUUUUUAAAGAAUCUAUGUUAAUAAUUUUGUGUAAAAUUAAUCAGUUCACUAAGUUGUAAGCUGCAAUUGGAAGUUCCAAGUUUAACUUGUGGUGUGCCUCAUUUAAAGGAAUCUUCCGUUCGCUGAUUUGUUGGGAUUUCUCGUGGUGACGAGCUCCUGACGACUACUAGGCUGGUAGCCUAGAGUACUCGUAGCUGUUUAGUGUUUAUCCAGAAAUUAUUGAUGUUGACCGUGUCUCUCGUUACGGAAAUGUCAGAAGAUUUGACUGUUUUCCUUCAUAACGAAGUGCUGGACACAUUACCGCGUAAUAUCUGCGUUUCCUGCCAGUAUGAUCUGGCUGAGAACUCAGUUGGUGGUUUAAAAUCUCGUUUUCUGCAUCCAGACGUUCAGGACUAUUUCUAUAUUACCCAAAGUGGGAAACCCGUGUGCGAAGAUGAUCCGCUGGUCAACAAUACCCAGUAUGCGCUACAUUUGCGCGUUCUAGGCGGAAAAGGAGGUUUUGGAUCUUUGCUUCGAUCCUUCGGUUCACAGAUCAGCAAGAACCGCAACCAAGAUGCAUGUCGAGAUCUGAGCGGUCGACGACUGCGGAACGUUAAAGCAGAGCAGAAAGUGAAAGAGAUAGUCGAGAAGCAGGCGGAAAAGGAGAAAGAUAAGAAACGCAAGAAGGAGGAGAAGAUUCAGAAGCUAAAGAGCGCCUUAACGGAUAAACCAAAGCAUACCUUCCACGAUCCAAAUUACGAAGCGGAACGCUCGCGCAUCCCUGACAUGGUGUUUAGUGCCGUGGAAGAAGGAAACAAAACCAUUGCAUCAACAUCAGCCGUGGUGGCAUCUACGUCUGCCGGUGAUACACAUAUGCAGUCGACGGUAAUCGUGGAAGAGCAUCAUCCUCUGCCCUCGGUACCCGUGGACAAGAAGCGCAAACAUGUUGAUCCAUUGGAAAAGAAUAUGGGUUCAAAGAAAAUGAAAGGCUGGCUUGGAGUGGAUGAUGAAAGUAGUGACGAAGAGUGAAUUCUGAGGAAAAGCAACGCGUCCAGUUAUUUAACAGAUUGCGAUCCCUGGGCAGAUGCGCAGCCAUAUUCCCACAUAGAGGUUAAUUGGAUUUGAUGCUAUUGAUUCUUUCGGUGUUUAGCGUAUGGGUGAGUACCAUUGCGCUGUUGUUUUGCAAAAACUUGCUGUAUACUGUAUGUAUUCCAACCGGAUUGUCUGUUAUUUGGGAAAGUUAUCUCAUCGAUUUUUGCUGUAUAACAGAAUUAUGGAAAUUGUACGAUAUGCUUCGAAAUGUAAAAAUGUAAGUACCUGCUACUAUCUGCGAAUAUUAUCUUUGCAAGUGCUUAGAGCGAAUAAACUAAAGGAGAUAUAAGCUAUAUCCGAUCAUUUUUGGUUGAGUUGAUGUGACAUCCUCUGUAUUUUGUGAGUAAACAUCCCGUUUAG